UUAGUUUUAGUAAUUUUGUUGUAUUUUUGUCAUUUUUAUUAGUUGUUUUUUUUUUUUUUUAAAUAUGUCUAUAUAGUUUUUAUUUUUAUUGCAGUUUUAGUUAUUUUAGUACAUCAAGUUAAACUAAAUGAAAAGGAGAAAUGAGGCUUUGGCAACUAUAGCUGAAAUAAAAUUUCAAGUUGAAGUUGCCAAAUCACUUCUCCAUUUCAUAAUCAACCAAAACUAAAGCUAAGAAACUAAAGUUCAGAUAAAUGUAAUAUUGACUCUUACUCACUGAAUUGUAUUAAGUAAACUGUAAAUAUAGGUUACAUGUGACUAUUUUAAUAAAUUGCAUGCAUCAUACAAUAUGUAGGCUAAAUAUAUCGUAGGCUAGUAAGCUAUAUAUGUUAUUAGGCCAGUGUUAUUAGGCCAAUGUAAAAUGUCACAUGUGAUUCUUAUAUUGUUCCAUAAACCGUAGAACAUAUAAAUAUAAUGAAUAUAAGGAGUUUGCCAAGAUAUCUUGUGGAUAUUUUAGGAGCAGGUACGAGGUGUUAAUGUAUUUUUUUUUUUUUUUUUUUAAACAUACAGGUGUGCAGUAGAAUAUAAUGUAUGUGGAUGGUGUCAUAUAUCUUAGUAUAUUGUUUUUUCCCCCCGCCUCGAUUCAUCUAGUACUGGUCCAGUAUGUUUGCUAUGUGAGCGGCCAUUAAACUAAAUUUACUACAUUUCCCAUAAUCCAUGUGGUGUAACGGAAGUGGCGUGGAAUAUAGUGGCUCCUGGAUUUAAACUGAAAUGGGCUCUGGCCCCAUGAAAAGAAGAUUUUAGACAUAUAAUCGAACUUUUAUGAUAUAUUUAUGACAGGAUAUUCGUUUGUAAAGUUUCUCUGAAAUAAUAACCGGUCGCUUCAGUGUUUCGCGCGCGUGUGUUUUACAGCGUUAUUUCAGUUGUUUGUUUACUAAAGCUGAAAGACACCUUCUGCAGAAUCCGGUGACACUGUGCGAUCCGUUUAAAUUACAUGUCGCUGUAACCUCACCGGUCAUUAUUCCCGCUGGAUUAAAGUGCCUUCAUAAAGCAGACAGGUUUUAUGCUCGUGUUUAAUUCAAGAAGCUGGUUAUUAGGCGCUCAGGAUGAACUGGGACCAUCAGUUGAGCUCCAUCAUCUCCGAGGCCGACGGAAGUGUCGCAAAAAUGAGGGAACGUCUAACUACAUAUGGAAGAUCUCCCAGAGGAACUGAAGAUGUGUUUCCGGUCAGAGACGUCACAGCCGGAGUUGAUCUGAAACCCACUUCCUCUCUCAGUCCUGCGGUUCAGUGGUCAGAUCUGACCGCCAUCCAGACACAGUUACAGCAACAGAGUCAGGCCAUUGAGACUUUAACACAGAAUCUUCGAUUAUUGGAAAGAGAACGAAACUCUCAGCAUAGACAAAUACAAACAUUACAAGAGGAGCAGAAGAGACUUCAGGAUAAACUGGAGGAGAGAGAGCGGGAUGCGGAGCGGAGAUCAUUGAGCCCUGGACCGGAUCGACGGAUAGAGCAGUGGAAGAGAGAGAUGGAUCGAGAGCUGAGCAGCCUGAGAGCUCAGAUCAACCGAGCCACGACUCUAGGAAACCAGGAAGAAAGUUUCAGCUCUAAACUCCGCAGAGAAGAACUGGAGCAGCUCAGGAGAGAGGUGGACAUUCUCAAAAACAAACUGAUGCGGCAGGAGGAAGAUACGUUCCAGCUCCAGUCAGAGGCCAGAGAAACAAGGAGACAGUAUGAACGCAGCUCUAAGACGUUAGAGAGUUUUACAGAUUCAUACCGUGCACACAGUUUUGAACUAGCUCAGAUGGUGUCACAAUACCAGCACACUCAACAAGAAGUACGUAACCUCAGAGUCACAGUGUCUGAGCUGAAGGACGAGGUGAGAGGUUUGGUCCUGAGAGACGCGCUCCCCACACCAGCACAGGUACCACAGAAACCAGUACCAGUGGUAACUGUGAAGACGAGGCCCGAGAGACGGGUGUCAUCAGGAUCGGAGGAUGAUUUCAGUCCCACCCCCAGCCUGGCUGAGAUCAGCUCAGACGAGUUGGAUGCAUCCUGGCUGGAAGAACCAGAGCUACAAACCAGAAGGAGGCGUCGACGUGUUCGUCUAAAUUCAGACCUCUCAGGAAGUGACAUCAGCGAUGCUGGAAGUGGGCUUGAGAGCAACCUUGACGAUGCUGAAGGGUUGGACAGAAUUUCAGACAGUCCUCCAGAUCUCAGUCUCAGUGACCUCUGACCUUAAAGGCCAAUAAACCAUCGUGCUGCUAUUAGAGGAAAUGGAAACCUUGUUUUUAAGUGUUGGCUUAAGAGUGUAAUGGACAGUUUACUUCUGUCAUGAAGGCCUGGACUGAUCUAUUUCUAAUAUAAUGGAUCUACGUUGAGGUAAAAUUAAGUCCAUGGUGCACACUGAGUUUUUGUAGUAUUCAAUAAGACUGACGUACAUUAGACACAGAUAGACUUUAUAGGCUUUGUAAGUAUUGCAUUGACAUGCUGUAUUUGGAACCACAUACUAACAUAUUACUCUUACUAAUUUGAUCUUUCUGUGGCAGAAAUAGUAAGAUUAGUAUGCGGUUCCGAAUUCAGCCAUACAGUAUUCCAGAAAUUGAGGUAUUAGUUAACAAUAAAAGAUGCAAAACGGCUUUUGAAAUGAUGCAGAAAAGGGGUUUUGAAUAUGAACAUGCAACACAAAACACCCAAACAGUCAAAGAGAGUUCGACUUGUGCUUGUGUACGUUUCAGCAUAUUUGCAGUCAGUAUUUGAAGCAUGUUUACAUAAAUGUUUAUUUAUUUCUCUUUAGAACAACAUGCAUUGAUGAAUCGCUCACAGUAAGACCAGAAGCCUCUAUUUCACAUUGACUUAAAAUUGUGAAAAAAAUCAACUUUUUACCACUUUUGAAAUAAAUCUGAAUAAUUAUAUUGUA